AUCCUGGAAAAACUCUUCCAGAAGCUCUUGAUUAUUGCAAGGUUUGGUUGCAGACAGUAGCAGGAGAGAUGGAUGCUAAAAGUGGUAUUCCGCCUCCUUUCAUCACAGUGCAAAUUAAAGAUUUUCUCAAUGGGCCAGCGGACAUCAAUGUGGAUGUAUCAAAGCCAUUGAAAGCAAACUUAAGUUUUGUCAAAUUUGAUCAAAUAAAUACUUUUCUAGAAAAAAUCAUGAAUCCAAAUGAUAAUGAGACCAGCAAAGAGGCUUCUGCAUCAACCGACGCUAUUCCAAGAAAAGAUGAAACAUCAGCAUGCAGCUUUUCCUGUAUAAAGGAUCCUCUCCCUGUAGUACAUGCUGAUGAAGGACAAAAGUUUUCUGUCCAAGAAAAGUUGUGGUGGGCUGUUUCCUGCUUUCAGAAAAUUUCCAUUCAUACUGUUCAACUGGUUGUUUCUCUGGAGACCGUUCCACACCCUAAUCAACCUUGCCUGUCAGCAUCUUUAUCAAACCUCAGUGGAAGCCUGUGUAUCAAAGCUGGGCAUAAAACUCCAGGUGUCAUUCAUGGAUCAUCCUUUGUGCUUGAUAUAGAUAAUUUUCUUCUUAAAACAAGUCUCAAGGAAAGGAGCAGAACUCUCAUAGGCCCUUUCAGCUGUUCGGCCAAUGUAGAAGCCAAGUGGUGUAAGCACAGUGGUAAUCCAGGGCCAGAGCACACCAUUCCAAAAUUCCAUGUUGACUUGAGAGGAGGUCUGAUACAGGUUUUCUGGGGUCAAGAACAUUUGAAUUGUUUAGUUCUUCUCCAUGAACUUCUGCAAGGAUACCUGACUAAAGAAGGCAGAAUGGAGACAUUGACCUCAUGUCAAACAUACCAAACUUACUCUCCUGCAGAGAGAAAUCAGGUCUCAAAAACUGAGCAUACCUCUGAUGAUCUGAGAACUGGCCUGUUCCAGUACAUACAAGAUGAAGAAGCACAGAAACUGCCUGGUGCCUAUGAAGUUGUGUUUUACAAUGAAACUGAGGAUAGUCCAGGAAUGAUGUUAUGGAGAUAUCCAGAACCCAGAGUACUCACCCUUGUAAGAAUAAAUCCUGUUCCUUUUAAUACCACUGAAGACCCAGAUAUUAGCACAGCAGACCUUGGAGAUGUUCUUCAGAUUCCUUGUAGCUUGGAGUACUGGGAUGAUCUCCAGAAAUCAUUUGUUGCAUUCCGAGAAUUCAGUCUAUCAGAAAGCAAAGUUUGUGAACUACAGCUGCCUAGUAUCAACCUUGUGAAUGAUCAGAAAGAGCUUGUAGCUUCAGACCUUUGGAGGAUUAUCCUAAACAGCAGCCAGAACACAGCUGAUGACCAAAGCUCAGAAAGUGAAUCUGGCUCUCAAAGUGCAUGUGAUCAGCUUGUAACUCCUACAGCAUUAGCAGCCUGUACCCGGGUCGACUCCUGUUUUACUCCUUGGUUUGUGCCUUCACUUAGUGUUUUGAUCCAGUUUGCUCAUUUGGAACUCCAUCUCUGCCAUCAUCUUGAUCAGUUGGGCACGGCACCACCACGGUUUCUUCAACCAUUUAUCUCUGAUAAAAAUGUGCCCUCUGAACUAGAAUAUAUAAUCAUUUCCUUCAGAGAACCACAUGCUUAUCUUCGACAGUGGAGCGAUGCAUCAGUCUUCCAGGAGAUCCAGUUCUCAACUCAGGGUGACUGUAAACUUCUGGAAUGAUUCCGAAAUGUAACGCUGCAGAGUGUCGUGAAACCUUUCAAAAUCUGGGGGCAGAUUGCUAUUUCUAGCAGAACACCAGAAACAUUGCUGGACUGCUUGGUGAUGGUGGAUCCCAUAUUCAUAAACUUUGGGCAGUAUGCAGUUCAUUCCCUAAGUACAGCACUUCAAGCAUGGCAGCAGAACCAAUGCCCUGAGGCAGAGGAGUUGGUCUUCAGCCAUAUUGUGAUCUGUAAUGACACACAGGAGACACUGCGGUUUGGCCAGGUGGAUACUGAUGAAAAUAUUUUGCUGGCUAGUCUCCACAGUCACCAGUACAGCUGGCGCUCUCACAAGUCCCCACAGCUGUUGCACAUCUGCAUUGAAGGCUGGGGAAACUGGCGGUGGUCUGAACCAUUCUGUGUGGACAAUGCAGGGACCUUUAUCAGAACCAUUCAGUACAAGGGCAGGACAGCUUCACUCAUCAUCAAGCUUCAGCAGCUCAGUGGAGUGCAGAAACAAAUCGUAAUCUGUGGAAGACAAAUAGUCUGUAGUUACCUGUCUGAAAGCAUUGAACUUAAAAUGGUUCAGCACUACAUUGGUCAGGAUGGACAAGCAGUUGUUAAAGAACAUAUUGACUGUCUCGCAGCCAAACAGAAGCUACCUUCCUACAUUUUAGAAAACAGUGAGCUGACAGAGUUGAGUGUGAAAGCUAAAGGAGAUGAAGACUGGUCAAGAGAUGUAUGUCUUGGUUCUAAACAAACAGAACAUAGCAUUGUUAUCCAGGUGCCAUCUUCAAACAGUUCAAUUAUUCAUGUGUGGUGCACAAUUUUGACUUUAGAGCCUAAUUCUCAAGUACAGCAACGAAUAAUUGUUUUCAGUCCUCUUUUUAUCAUGAGGAGCCAUCUUCCAGACCCUAUUAUCAUACAUUUGGAGAAAAGAAGUCUGGGCUUGAGUGAAACACAAAUAAUUCCAGGAAAAGGACAGGAAAAAUCACUGCAGAAUAUAGAACCUGAUCUUACUCAUCAUCUGACAUUUCAGGCUAGGGAAGAGGAUGAUCCAUCAGAAUGUGCAGUUCCUAUCUCAACAACACUUAUCAAACAGAUAGCCACUAAAUCCCAUCCAGGAGGCAAUGUGAAUCAAAUUCUCGCUGAGUUCUAUGGAGCAGAUAGCACUGCCCAGCUUGCUUGGCCAUAUAAUCGAAAAGAUUCAGACAGUAAUGAACAGCUCACUCAGUGGGAUAGCCCAAUGCGGGUGAAACUAUCCGUGUGGAAGCCAUGUGUUAAAACUUUGCUGAUAGAACUCCUGCCAUGGGCUCUGCUUAUAAACCAGUCCAAGUGGGACCUCUGGCUAUUUGAAGGAGAGAAGAUAGUCCUACAGAUACCUGCUCAGAAAAUAAUUAUCCCUCCAAACUUCCAGGAAGCUUUUCAAAUUGGGAUCUACUGGGCAAGCACAAACACUCUGCACAAGUCAGUGGCAAUCAAACUCGUCCAUAACAUGACCUCUCCAAAAUGGAAAGAUACGGAAAAUGGAGAAGUGGUAACAUUGGAUGAAGAAGGAUUUGUUGAAGCUGAAAUAAAACUUGGUGCCUUCCCAAGUCAUCAAAAGUUGUGUGAAUUCUGCAUUUCUUCUCUGGUUCAGCAUAGUAUUCAAAUUCUACAGAUUGAAGACAAGACAACCAUAAUUAAUAAUACAUCCUACCAGUUCUAUUAUAGACCACAGAUUUCUGUUUCAAGGCCUCAGUCAGGAGAGAAGUAUAUACACAUACCAGACACUAGUACAUUCAACAUUUACCCAGCUGGGGAACCACCCAAUGAAAAAUUAAGCUCUGUUUCUUGCUGGGACUUCAUGUCUGACAUUAGUCAGUCUACUUCAGAAGUGUCCUCUAUUCAAAAGCAUAUAUUGCUAAGUUUCAGUCCAGGUGUGUGUGCUGACAAUUCUCAGUGUUGGAGCCUGCCAGCUGUCAUUAGACAAGACAUUCCUAGACAGUGUGUGGCAGUACCCAUUGGAAGCUGUAAUGAAAGUGGAUUUUGUACCAGGGCUAUAGCACUGACUUAUCAAGAGCAUCUAGGGGUGACAUACCUAACUCUUACGGAAGACUCUAGUCCACGCAUAAUUAUCCACAACAGGUGCUCUGUCCCAUUGCUUAUGAAGGAGAAUAUCAAAGACACUACAAAGUUUGAAGUUUAUUGCAGGAAGAUUCCAGCUGAAUGUUCAGUUCAUCAUGAGCUUUAUCAUCAAGUCUCUAACUACCCAGAUUGCAAAAACAAAGACUUGCUACCUAGUGUUCUUCUGAAAGUGAUAUCACCAGAUGAGUUAAUGACUGAGUGGAGUGAUGUUAUAGACAUUAAUAAUCAAGGCACACAGAUUUUGUUCUUAACUGGCUUUGGUUAUGUUUAUGUGGACAUUACUCAUCACUGUGGAACAAUAAUAAUAACUUUGGCACCAGAAGGAAAAGCAGGACCUGUCCAGAUCAGCUUGAACAGAAUGCAGGAGCAGACCAUCACAUUUAAAAUAUUCAUCAGCCAGUCAAGCCUUGCAGUGUUGGAUGAUAUCACAAAUCAUAAAACUUCAUGUGAAAUUCUGAGACUCACAGUGGACCACAUUUUCCUUAACAUGGCACCAGUAGCCAGUUACCUGAGACCCCUGUCUCAUGAAUUUUCAAGGGACGCCAUUGAGGGCCUUCCCCAAUUUUAUAGUCUCCAGAUAUAUUGUGGAGACUUGCAACUGGACAAUCAGCUGUAUAACAGAUCCAAUUUCCACUUUGCUGUCCUGCUGUGCCAGGGAGAGAAAAAUGAAACCAUGCAGUGGUCCAAAGUGAACAACCUCAACAUGUCCAACAAAGAUUUGGAAGAGUAUAAGGAAAAUUGCUUCAUAAAACUUUACAUUGCUUUGUCAGAAGAGCAGAAUUUCUUGUUUCACGUUAACGACCUCAGUUUCGAAUUGAAACCAGCAAGGCUAUAUGUGGAAGACACAUUUGUUUAUUACAUUAAGACUUUAUUUGAUACAUAUCUUCCAGGCAGCAAAGUGGUUUAUCGUUCAAUGAAAAUUUCAAAUAUUACCCCGAUACUGCCUGAGCAAGUGAGGCAGCAUGCAAAAGCUUUAGUCAAUCCAGUUAAGUUAAGGAAAUUAACAAUACAACCCGUUAACCUUUUGGUCAGUAUCCAUGCUUCGUUAAAAUUGUAUAUAGCCUCAGAUCAUACCCCUCUCUCCUUCUCUGUGUUUGAACGAGGACCUAUCUUCACCACUGCCAGACAGCUCAUCCAUGCGUUGGCCAUGCACUAUGCUGCUGGGGCACUAUUCAGAGCAGGCUGGGUUGUCGGAUCUUUGGAAAUCCUGGGAAGUCCAGCUAGCUUGGUGAGAAGCAUAGGGAAUGGCAUAGCUGACUUCUUCAGGCUUCCCUAUGAAGGCCUGACCCGAGGCCCUGGAGCGUUUGUGAGUGGAGUUUCAAGAGGAACAACGUCAUUUGUAAAACACAUUUCCAAAGGUACACUGACAUCAAUUACCAAUCUGGCAACAAGUCUUGCACGGAAUAUGGAUCGGCUGUCCCUGGAUGAGGAGCAUUACAACCGACAAGAAGAAUGGAGAAGGCAGCUUCCAGAGAAUCUGGGAGAAGGACUGAGGCAGGGGUUGUCCCGGUUAGGCAUCAGCCUUCUAGGUGCAAUUGCUGGUAUUGUAGAUCAGCCAAUGCAGAAUUUUCAGAAAAUAUCUGAGGCCCAAGCUUCAGCGGGGCACAAAGCCAAAGGUGUUAUCUCUGGUGUAGGAAAAGGAAUUAUGGGAGUAUUUACAAAACCAAUUGGAGGAGCAGCUGAACUUGUCUCCCAGACUGGUUAUGGUAUUUUGCAUGGAGCUGGACUUUCUCAGCUUCCCAAACAACGCUAUCAUCCAAGUGAUCAACACGUUGAGCAGGCUCCAAAUAGCCACGUCAAAUAUGUCUGGAAAAUGCUUCAGUCUCUAGGAAGGCCAGAGGUCCACAUGGCAUUGGAUGUAGUCAUUGUGAGUGGAUCAGGCCAGGAGCAUGAAGGAUGCUUGCUGCUUACGUCAGAGGUGUUAUUUGUGGUCAGUGUCAGUGAAGACACACAACAACAGGCAUUUCCUGUGACAGAAAUUGAGUGUGUAGAAGACAGUCAACAAGAAAAUUUGCUGAAAGUGCAGCUCAAACAACAAAGAGUACCUUAUGAUUCAGAGGCAGAUGGGGUGAGAGAGAGACUCUCUGAACAACAAUACAACCGACUUGUGGAGUACGUCACAAAGACAUCCUACCAUGUUGCUCCAAGUACCUCUUCUGUGCAGAUAUCACCAGUAGCAGCUGCUGAGCCACUUCCAAGUACCAUUAAGACAUAUCAAUAUGUAGUUGAUCCAAAUUUUGCCCAGGUGUUCAUUAGCAAAUUCACUAUGGUCAAAAAUAAAGCUUUGCGGAAGGGAUUUAAUUAGAAAUGACUUGCAUUGCUAUUUUAAGAGUAAUGCUUUCUAUGCAGUAAACUAAUAUGAACUUUUUUUUUUUAAUUACACAUCACAUAAAAGAUGUAUUUGAGUUUUGUGGGGUUGUGGGUGGUAAGCGAUUUAAAAGCCAACCUAAUGACUUUUCUGAUCUAACUAUAUGGACAGCUUUGCGAUACCUGCUGUCUCACUAGUCAAUAAGUUAGUACUGGAAGGAAAGCAAAGCAAAGCUGAUGCGUUAACUAAACAUGCUAGCAGACAGAUAAUUCCAAUAAAAGGAAUGUAACAAUGAAAAUCCUUUGUCCUUCUGCUAACUGGAAAUCAGAGGAAGGACAAGGGAAAUCCUAUGCACCAAGACAUUUUGCCUCACAAAACAUGAAUAAUAUCCAUACUCCCUAUAUCAUAUUUUAGGGUCUGCCAGUUUCUGUUAUAAACCAGGUUUAAAACUCAGCUGUAAAAACUUGCUCAAGGCUGAGACUCUUUUUCCCCGUCCCCGCCAGCGUCUAGGUCCUGAAGCAAAACAUUUCCCCCCACUAAAUCUGAAAGACCUGAUGUGGCUGUUUUAAGUUACUAGUGACAGCUGGGUUUUAGCACCACUCUAACCUUAAAAUAGCUUCCUUUAUUUGACUGAAAUUUUGCAGGACAUUAGUCCUUAAUGUAAACGAGUGCCUUUGUGUGGUUUGGGGAAUAAAAUGGGAACUACAACGUGAAUUUAUUUUUAAAACUGUCUGUAUACAGAAACCUUCCAUCACCAAGUUUUCCUAGGAAUUUCCCAUAUAUAUGCCAUUGUACAUUGUCUAGCAAAAUGUAGUUACACAAGAAAGACACAAGCAGUUUUCAUUUUGGAACCAGUAACACACUUUUGAAAAGAUUUUAGGAGCAGUGUUUAUUCUUAUUAAAAAAUGUACCAAAAAUACAUGAGCAUGUUGCACCUUUAAACCCAAGUGCUAAACUUCACUCUUACCUCACCUUGGUGGUCCUCACUGUUCCUGGCUUCCCCAGUCAGUGCAAAUGGUACCUCCCCUCACUUAGGCCAUCUGCAAUUCAUCUCAUGCUUGUCACCCGUAAAAUGACAAAGCCCGGAAAUUCAGAAUCAAGACAGUGAAGUCAUUUAUUAAACCAGACCAUUCAGCUAUAGUUGUGCACAGAAAUGCCCAUUUUUGCACAGUUGAACACUUGGAAGUUUCUUGGAGUGAGUCUCAUGGCACAUAACUGUGAAAAGAGCACGAAGGUAGAGUUGGCUGAAAGCUGUCAUUGGUAAAGCCUAGGGCUGGCAAUAGCAACAUUGCUGAGAUGUAGAGGUUUCCCUUGGCCUCUAGUACUGCCAUUACAUUAUCUGUGGCAUCAGUCUUAGGUGCUACUUCUAACAACCAGUGUAGACAAAAACAUUUCAGACAAAAAUAUGCUUUUUAAGUUAAGAGUGUCCAUUAAGCCACUUUUUAAAAUUGGUUUUACAGUUUGUAUUUGCCAAGUAUUGCUCUCACCAAAGAGCAGCUUGAUUGCUUUACAAAGCCAAUGGGGCAGCUUUCAUUUUCAGUGGUAAAAAUGCAUUUGAUCAGUUUCUUGGGUUACAUGAGCUUCUGCUUUAAACUGUGCCUGUAUCUUUUCUCCUUCUGUCUAUGUAUUUAUUGUUUGGGGGUUCCUGAACACAACCAGAGAUUGAGGAAAGGUAACAACUGGAAUCAAAUUAUUCAUUACCUUUAAUAUUCAGUAAAAACGAGUUAGUUACUGCUGUUAAUCUCUGUUGCCUAUGCAUAACUAGCGUGACCAAAUGCAGUAAAAUAAGAAUGUACUAAAUGCAGUGUGUUUUUCCUGAAUUCUGCUUUUGGAAGCCAUGUUUCCUGUGUAUUGAUAAUACAGAAGAAAGAUUUGAAAUGAACUGUCCUUUGCUGAAUGUGAAAUAAGUCCAUCCAUUCUUAAUGUAACAUUUUGUGAAGAGAUCUAAUACCUUGGUCACUGUUUAAGUAACAUUAUUUAAAGUGUAAAUAUAAAUUCUUCAUUCCUGAAUAUUUUAUGGAAAAUAGUUUACUAUUGUUAAUUUUACAGACUGGUGCAUAAAUUGUAAUAUACCAAGAUUAUAUAAAGAGAAUAAAGCUAUUCCUACAAUACUAGCAUCUUCCUACUACAUAAUCACAGUCGUGGUUACAACUGAAAGAGAACACAGCAUAGAAUACAGAAUCCCCUCAAGUUCAGCCUCCAGGAUAGUGGACUUUGCUGUACCCCAGAAAAUGCACUAGACCAUGACACACAUUUUUAGCUUCAUAUGUAAUAUUUUCCAAGGAGAAACUGGCACCCAGCUGAUCAGCGCAUGUGCUGAAAUGUUUCAUGACCCCACAACUAAUUAAGUUAAAGCAGCAGCAUAGUUACGAUGCAGCUCACCUCAGAGAACAAGGGAUGAAUUCACUAAAAGCUUAUAAAACACACCUGUUAGAGGCAGCGGGUUGUCUUCUGAAGUUGUUGUAUGGUUGCAACUAAUAGUGGAGAUUACACUGACAUUUUCCUGAAUUAUGCCACUUUUCUGGCAUAUCACUUGUUUAUAUUGCACUCCCGU